CAGUACAUCCAGUGUUGAACCAGCCACAGCAAGACAAUGAGAAGAAGCAGCCUCAAUACAAAAUGUUUUGGCAUCAUCACCAUCUCCACCACCUUACUGACCUUCGUAUCUGCAGUGCUGGGAAACUCUGAUAGGUCUAGGUGUGAAAAUGUUCUGAAUGAGUGUCUUGAAACAGAAAACUGGACUGGGUGCUAUGAAGACAGGAUUCUGACAUGUAGAUAUUUUACUCCCCGGUUUAAUACCUCACAAUCUCACUUCAAACGGAGUACGGUCAACUUAUCUGUAGAGGUGGAGGUUGAGCCUACAUCAAACCACAAGGUCCACAUCCCAGCCUUGGCGCUACAGAAGAGCAUGUCUCUCAGCGGGGUCUCUGAAGAAGUUCUGCUGGUGGUAACCAUCCUCCCCUCCUCUCUCUUCAGGCUUGGUCACACAGCCGGGCUCAUGGCAGGUGGGUCUGAGGGCCAGUCUCCCCAGGGAAGAGAGGCUCUUGGUGAAACAGUCCUGGCUGUGAAGGUGGGGCACUAUGCUGUCAGCAACCUAGACCAACCUGUCAAUAUGACCUUCAAACAUUUUAAUGGGAUUACAGACGGUGUGUGUGUCUUUUGGAAGGACCAUCAAAAUGGAACAGUUCAGGGGACUGGAGCACACACGGCUGUAAGACAACUUUUAGUGACAGAGAGUUUGUGUGCAGCUGUGACCACCUGAGCUUCUUUGCUGUGCUAGUGGUAAACUGACAACGUAGCCACACAUCAAUUCUCACACCUAAUAAAACCAGAUAUGUCACAGAUCAUUUUUCAUUGUCAUCACAAUGACUGGAAUCUGCACCUUGUGAAUGUUAUGAUGUGCUUGUCAUGUCCCCCA